UGUGGACGUUCCCACCCCGGAAGUAGCUCAAUACUCGAGGACACGUUUUUUCUUUCUGUUUUGUUCAUGCAUUUUAGAACAACGUCUAAUAAUAAUACUGCAGUUUUACAGCAGAAUGCUGUAAACAGUUUUCAGCAUUGAUACAGUCAUUUAGCAGACUUAUAACACAGCAAAAGAUGGAUGCUAUGGGUAUGUAGCUAACAGCCUCCUGUCGGUAGCCUAGUUAUAUAUGGCUUCAAACUUGCUGUGGACAUUGUAGCUAUUUUAGCACACCGUUUAUUUUUAUAUGAGGGAUCUAUAUGUCUAUAUGGCCCCAGCUAGCUAGCUUUGCAACCUGGUCUCAGAGCAUGCCGUAUUAUUCUGUAUGUAAAUCAACACCUGCCGUUUAUUAUAUGUUAAGUUUCGUAUGGUAUGUAAUAAUUUGUGGACGUCCAUUAGCGAUUUUGUAUGAUAUGUUACGAAGUACAAUAUUACGUAUUAUAUGUUACACAUUUUCAAACGUACAAUAUGUUACGAAUUUGCAAAUGUAUGAUAUGUUACGAAUUCUAGCUUGGUGGCAAACGUUAGGGUUAAGUUUAGAAGUUAGGUUAAAGGGUUUAGGGAAAGGUUAGCUAACAUACUAAGUAAUUGCAAAGUAGCUAAAAAGUAGUUGAAAAGUAGAUAAAAUGCUAAAGUUGUCCUUGAUGAGAUUCGAAUUAGCAACCUUUGGUUGAUAGACAUUCGCAGUUCGGCGCGAGAUCACCGUCAGACGAUGACUUGUUUCUGCGCAUGAGCUUAGCUAGCCGACGUUGCCAUGACAUCUCCUACAAGCAAGAUCAGGGAUUUCUAUUGGAGAAGCAGUUAUCUUUAUACUGUACUGUCUUUGAUAUUACUGUACAUCCUUCUCUACACAAUAGAUUACCCCCUCCCUUUCUCCUCCCUGCGCCUUUUGGUCCCACCUCUACGGCUGAUGUCUGCAUUUAUGUGGCAGGUAGCGCAUCAGAGGGCCAUCAAGCACUAUGGAAAGUUAGAGGAGUUUGUGACAGUGGUUACACAAACUGUCCCAGAACUUAUAACUGACAGACAGAGGACAUUGCUUCUUCUGGCAUUAAGGGCAAGGGUAACUCUUCAGCUGUUUCAAGAUGAGCAUCCAGAAGACCUCAACAAAAUUAAGAUCCAUCUUGACAGAUUCUCAUCCUGUGGUCUUUCACAGAAUAAUGAUGCACAGAUGCAUGAGUUGGAAGAAAACUUCCUCAAACUCACCAAAAACCUUCUUGAAGACCCAGUCGAGAGGAUCCAAUUCUUCAAGGCAGAUUUCCCUGUGGUGUAUGGCUGUGAUUUUGACAGAGCUUUGCAAGCACUUGUUUGUCAGUUCCUCUCCAGACUAGAAGAUCUGCUACCAGUGCCAGACCUUAAGCAGACUGCAUCCUGGCUCAGCGCUGUACCCUCUGCCUCGGAUGAGUGUCUGCAGUCUCUUUCUCACACAGAGGACCUGCAAUACCUGCUUCAGCACCACACAUGCUGUGGAAAGUUAGACAAACCAUUUCCCUCCUCUGCAGAAGACUGCAUCCUCGCUUCACUGUCCCUCCCUACCACAGUGAGAGUGGCAUAUACCUUUGACAGCAAAUUAGAUGUCUUGCCUAACUUGGAAGGCUCUACCCAUGUAAGCAGAGAGAUGGAAACUUUGUCAGACAGCAGAGAUUAUCAACAGGCAGAAUCAAGAGCAUGUUUAGAUGGAAACCAGAACAGUAAAGAAGACAGAGUGUCUACCAUGGGUAGCGAUGAUGAUAAAUGCACAGAGAGAGGUGUGGAAGAGGAGAAUGAAAACACAAGUGCUGUGGGAAUGGUUAUUACCGAAGCAAAGGACCAGAGGAGAUGUGAAGGGGCUGUUGGGGACCUGUGUGCUGCUGGAGCACCAGACCUUGCAGCCAACUCUCCAAUGGUCACCUCCAGUGUGGCUCAAAACCCCCCCAUAUUUCCCGCCCAAGUUACACUCAAAAGCGAAGGGGACCACAGAGUCAAUUCCUCCAAGAGAUCUAGAAAGAGCCUAGAAGAGAGGAUGGCUGAGUCCAGUGUGAACUCUGAUACACCUCUGCUUGAAUCCUCACAGGAAACGACUGGUGCUGAAGAAUCAAGACCAUUUUCUCCAGACCAUGAUGACACAGAAGAAGAAAACAACGAACCUGCUUCAGGGGAGUCUUCUCGGCUGUCUAGCUGCGCUCAACCACCACCUAGUGACGUAUCGCCAUCCUCGGAGACCCUUUCCAAAGCAUUGUCCACUGCACGGCGUAUUGCCAACAAGUGCUCCCAGUGUGGAAGGUGUUUUAUCUAUCCAUCUCAACUGGUUCAGCAUCAGCGAAUUCACACUGGAGAUCGACCCUACAAAUGCACCCAGUGCGGAAAGACCUUCAGUAAUUCAACUGGGCUUUCAAAACACCACCAAAAACACUGUCUAGACGCGACCUUCGAUUGCCCCAAGUGCGGAGAGAGUUUCAGAUCUCUCCGCGAGCGGUUCAAACACCUAUCUACUCACAAGUCCCUCAAAUGUCUGUUGUGUGGAAAGAGUUGUCAGACGACUUCUGAUUUGCGAAAGCACCAGCAAACACAUAGUGUGACGCCGUCGUUCAACUGCUCUCUCUGUGAAAAACGUUUCAAGUUCCUGUCGAGCCUAACCAGACACAACAGGACCCAUUCAGUGGAGGGGGGGUAUGCUUGUUCCAAGUGUGGGAAAACAUUUGGAUCUUUAAGUGAACGGCUCCAACACAAGAGGACACAUAGGGCACAGCUCAACUGUACGGAUUGCGGACGGAGUUGCAGUUCCCGCUCCGAACUAAAGAGUCACCAGCAAACUCACUCUCGUGAACCUCUCUUCAACUGUCGACACUGUGAAGACAAAUUCUUUGGGUCAGUUGAGCUGAAGAUCCACCAAAAAACUCAUGCAGUGGACAAACCCCAUCAGUGUGAUGCGUGUGGAAAGUGCUUUGGUGCCUUAGCCACACUUGUACUCCACCAACGGACACACACGGGGGAGAAACCCCACACAUGUCCUUGUUGUAAUAAGCAGUAUAUCUCCAAAAGUCAGUUGACGUCACACAUGAGGACUCACACGGGCGAGCGUCCAUACAGCUGCUCUUACUGUGGGAAGUGUUUCUCUCAGUUGGCUAAUCUUACUGUGCACACAAGGAUUCACACGGGGGAGAGACCUCACAUCUGCUCUCGUUGCAAGAAAGGGUUUUGCUCAGUCGGUGACCUGCAGAAGCAUGAGCGCUCUCACACCAAAGAGAAACCUUACAGGUGCACAGUUUGUGGAAAGGCCUUCACAGUGUCAAGUCAUUUGACGGUUCACAUACGCAGUCACACAGGAGAGCGCCCCUACACCUGCCCUGAGUGUGGAAAGAGUUUUGCGCAGAGCUCUGUCUUAACUAAACAUCAAUUCACCCAUACAGGAGAGAGGCCAUACCCAUGCCAUCACUGUGUAAAAAGUUACACCCGUCUCACACACUUGAAGAGACACCUACAAACACACACUUGAGAGAGUCCGGUGUGUUUUCCUGUUUUGGUUUCAUUCUGAAAAGCGUUACCAUGGAUUGCUGUUUCACUGUCUGUCAAUGUGUUAUGCUGAAUAAUGUCAAUGUAUAACUGAAAACCAUGCUCACCAUGCCUUUUUGUGAAACUAGUUUGUGUACAUUACUGCCAACAUGGAUGGAAAAUAAACAUUUCAAAAUAUAAUAUAACCUCUUUCAAGUUACAGUAUGUGUCAUAUAAAUGAGCCAUUUUAUGAUACUUUCUAGCUUGGUCCUGCUUCUCUCUGGACGUUUGGUCCUGCUUCUCUCUGGAUGUUUGGGCCUGCUUCUCUCUGGACGUUUGGGCCUGCUUCUCUCUGGACGUUUGGGCCUGCUUCUCUCUGGACGUUUGGGCCUGCAUCUCUCUGGACGUUUGGGCCUGCAUCUCUCUGGACGUUUGGGCCUGCUUCUCUCUGGACGUUUGGGCCUGCUUCUCUCUGGACGUUUGGGCCUGCUUCUCUCUGGACGUUUGGGCCUGCUUCUCUCUGGACGUUUGGGCCUGCUUCUCUCUGGACGUUUGGGCCUGCUUCUCUCUGGACGUUUGGGCCUGCUUCUCUCUGGACGUUUGGGCCUGCUUCUCUCUGGACGUUUGUGGUUUGAGUCAGUUUAUUUUGAAUGUAACAAAUGUCAACAUAAAAACCAAUACAAAAACUGAGAAGACAAUAUUUGAACUUUGAAAUACAAGUGUAUUUUUUUUCUUUCUUCUAUGCAAAUAAAAGCUGUUACAGUAGGCUUAAUUUAUUAUAUUCUACCUUACCUAUUCUAUAUGUAAUAAGCAUUUGGCUUAAUUAAAAAUAAUACACAGAAACAGGUGUAUACGUAAAUGUAAAUAUUGUUUUUUAUUAAACUUUUAUAUAUUACCGUU